AUGAGCUACUGGCUUCGUGCUGAAGUAGCACUGCAGAACUUAGCAAUGGCUUAUCGAGUCGGCAGCGAGCAGGGCCCUCGAGCCGGCACGGAAUGGGAAUCCUGGGAGAGAGCCCAGCCCCAGUGUGCCGUCCCAUCCGAGCCCAUCGGGUUUUUUUUUAACCCAGUUCAUGGAAAAAUUAUUUUAGAUUAUCGCAUCACUUUAAACAUUUUGAUCGCUGGAAUCAUUGGUGCGUCUGCAGAGGAGCCCUGCCUGGAGGUGGUGGUUCACAGGGAUGCGCGGCAGGAGGAAGUCCAGCUGGGGAGGCUUGUUUUUGCUUUUGGCAAAAUAUGUGGAUGGGGAAAGAAAGAACGCAUAGAACAGCCCAUCUUCACCACCAGAGCCCAUGUCUUCCAAAUUGACCCCAGCACGAAGAAGAACUGGGUUCCCGCAAGCAAGCAGGCUGUAACUGUUUCCUACUUCUAUGACAGCACGAGAAACAGCUAUCGGAUUAUCAGUGUGGAUGGAGCCAAGGUGAUCAUAAACAGCACAAUCACACCUAACAUGACCUUCACUAAGACAUCGCAGAAGUUUGGCCAGUGGGCGGACAGCAGAGCCAAUACUGUCUUUGGUCUGGGCUUUCCCUCCGAGCAGCAGCUGACGAAGUUUGCAGAGAAAUUCCAAGAAGUAAAAGAAGCUGCCAAGCUAGCAAGAGACAGAUCUCAAGAGAAAAUUGAGACCUCAAGCAAUCAUUCCCAGGAAUCAGGACGUGAAACACCAUCUUCCACUCGAGCAUCUAGUGUGAACGGGACAGACGAUGAGAAGGCAUCACACGGUGGUCCUGCUGAGGCACAUCUCAAGUCUGAGAAUGAUAAAUUAAAAAUUGCUCUAGCCCAAAGUUCAUCCAAUGUGAAGAAGUGGGAGACGGAGCUGCAGACGCUGCGGGAGAGCAACGCCCGGCUGAGCACGGCGCUGCAGGAGUCCGCGGCCAGCAUCGAGCACUGGAAGAAGCAGUUCUCAGCCUGCAAGGAGGAAAACGAGCAGCUCAGGAGCAAGAUUGAAGAACUGGAGGAACAAUGCAAUGAAAUAAAUAGAGAGAAGGAAAGAAAUGCGCAGCUGAGUAGACGCCUCCAGGAACUGGAAACAGAGCUUCAGGACAAAGAGCUGGAACUGGAAGAGCUGCGAAAGCAGGGUGAAAUUAUACCACAGCUCAUGUCAGAAUGUGAAUCUGUAUCUCAACAAUUACAGGCUGCUGAGGAAAAGAACAAAGAUCUUGAAGAGAAAGUCAGAACGCUAAGGACAGAAGUUGAAGAGAGCAAACAUAGGCAGACCAACCUUAAAACUGAAUUAAAGAAUUUUUUAGAUGUACUAGAUGGGAAGAUAGAUGAAUUACAUGACUUCCGACAAGGACUGUCUAAACUUGGGGUUGACAACUAGAUGGCAAUAGAUUUUUUUGUAACCUAGGGUCUGGAUGUUUGAUGUUCUGUUGAUCCCAAACGUGUGUUUUACAAAAUAUAACUAGAAUGUUCCA